GCGACACUGACAAUGAUGCUACCUGCUCCACAAGGAAUUUAUGUGGAACGGUGAUUUGGGUGUGGUGUUUACCUUUCUGUAUUACAGCAUUAAAUAUAAUAUGUAUUUUCGUUGUGUUUUUAUUUAUGUCUUAAUAGCGAUUUUUGCAAUAAUUCGUGAAGGUAGUGGACUUGAAUGCUAUGUUUGCACCGAUCAGGAACGAAACGGAGAUAAAUGUCUAAACACCAUAAAGACUUGUGAGCAGGGUGAGGAUGUUUGUCUUUCAGAGAUAAAAUGGGGAAGCACUCCGUACUGGUCACAGGGUGCACAGAAACAGUAUUACAUUUCAAAACGGUGCGCGACAAAAGAAGCCUGUGUGAGAACAAGAAAUAGAUAUAUGCAAUAUUGCACGCAUAUUUGGUACGAAGAUUGGAAAUGUUCAGAAUGUUGCCAAGGCGAUCGCUGUAACUACUAUGUUAUUCUAAGUGGUAGUACAGCACGGUCCAGUAUGAUGGUGAUUAGCUUUGGAGUAGCAGUUGUGUUUUUGGUUAAGCGACUGCUUAAAUUGUAGCAGUUCCACAGCUGUGACUUAAUUCUGUCUGUCCAGAAGACUAGCCCAUACAGUCCAUGAAUAUGAAGACAGUGCAGCAAGUGUUGCCCCAUAUGUCCACUGAAAACUGAGUCUCAGAAUUUUAUAUUGAGCGGUUAGCUCAACCAGCACAAACAGAAAGAAGAAUAAGCUUUUUAAAGAUGUGACUUUUUAAAUUUUAAAUAAUUACUUUCCUCUGUAUAAGUGAUUUUAUUUUACUCUCAGGAUUUGAAGUUAUUUUAUUUCACAUGCAGACAAUGUAAACAAAACAGCAUUUCUUAUGGAAUGUAAAUGUUAACAAAUUGAUAAAGACUGCCCAUUAACCUUAAUGAGAUUUGUAUUGCAUUUUAGUUUAUGACCUUUUUUAUACUGUUAAUAGAAUUCUGUUAUGCAGAGAAUUUUUAUAGAAUUCAUUCCCUGUAGGUGCAACAGAUGUGAUUUGUUCACACACCACAUUGCCCAUUAAACGUGCAGAUGUCUAUUCAGAAGCAUCCCAUAUUUUAAGCACAGAUUUUAUAUUCCAAAAUACAAAUAUAAUUAAAUACACUAUAGUGAUUUCACAGAAUACAAUUGAUAUUAAGCUUUUUUUGGUUAUGUAAUUUUGGGGAGGGUUGCUUGACACAAAAAAUGUACAGCUAACCUCUGACUUUAUAUCUGUAAUAUUAAUAUACUGUUCACAGUUCUCUUUUAACACAAAAGCAUUAUGAAUACAUUUGAUCUCAACAUAUGAACUCUCAAUUUUUGUACAUCUGUACAUACAAACAGCAAAAGAGCUCAUUCCCAUGAGAGACAAUUACAAUUUUUAGUGGCAGAAUAGUGAAUGCACUGUCAAUAUAUGAACAACGAACUGAUGCUCAUUGACUAGCAUGCUGGGGGAAGCAUUUCAAGGCUACUUGGUACAGCAAGUUGCUUACUCAGUGGCAGAAUGAGGCUCACUAACUGUUGUUUUGACUUAAAAAUGACUGUACUUAGGAAUUGGACAUUGGGUCAGGUGUAUAUUACAGUAUUCUUUGAAAUGCAGUAGCUUGUAAGCUUGAUUGGGAUACAGUCAACACCUGAUUUUGUGUUCAUCUGGCACCCACACAAGAUACUGUUGCAAGCUCAGCUUAAGAGUGGGAGGGAUGAAGCAGUACUCAUUGCACCAAACCAUUAUUUGGAGUGACAAGAUAUCGCCACACAUACUGGCUGAAGCAGUAAUGUUUUUGACAUGUCCUGAAGAUGCCAUGUUGAAUCUUAGUUGGGUGCUGCCUGGACAGUCCUGACUGAGGCUUCCUGUGGUUUUCUUCAAUCUGUCCAGUUAGGUGCUGGGGUAGUGUCUGAAUUAGGGCAUGGUCAAUUCUCUGCACAUCCUUUCUAACUUAUUAUCCACUAUCAUUCAGUCAUUUGAUGCUAUAUAGUUUUGAGUUCCUAGUAUAAUUGUUAAAUAAACUAAAAAUCAAUGACAUCAUUUGCACUUGACCCCUCCCCCCCACUUAAGGUUUCUUUGGGAGCACUGGACUUUAACACUGAAUUGAGAAAAAUCUUAAAAAAGGAUGAAAUUUAAUGUUGAGAUUACUGACAGUGCCAGAAAUCCCUAUAUGAAGGAACGUUCAACUGGAGCUUUAAUGUCUUAACUUUGUAGUUGUCAUUAUAUCUGUAGUGCCCAUCAUUUACAUAUCAGUUCAGCAUUUCUUUUUGUGUGGCACUAGACCAUUGUGGUCCAGUACUUCCUAUUUUUGGGUUUCAGAAUCUUGUUUAUAGACCUUUGGGAGGACACCCUGGAUGGGAGAUCUGUCCAUUGCAAGGGUUCUACCUAGACAGGACAGCAUGGACACACACAAGAAAAGAAAACACAGACAGACAUAUCUCCAUGCCUGGACUGGGAUUCAGAUCCACAAUCUCUCUGUUCAGGUAGCAGAAAACAGUAUAUGGCUGAGACCACAUGCCUCCCUAUGAUUGGCAGACUUCAGAAUAUUAAUAAUAAAGGGGUCCAUCCUCAUAUCUGGAGGGAUUAUACUCAGAAGAAGAGAGUUGGUUACAGUGUGCCAGCUAAGACAAGUCCUUGAUCUGCCACAAAAAUUUAUAUAAAAGAGACAGUGUAGUUGGUUGAGGGGCUAUGCUACAAGCUGGAAGGUCGCCGGUUCAAGUCC